AUGUCGAGUCCAUACUGGAACGUACGUGGACAGCGCGCUACGCGCAACUCGCAGGGCGUGAGGGACCAACAAGCUCCUCAGCCUCCUCACGCACCUCCGGCGUCACAGGCUCCGGCGUCACAGGCUCCGGUGUCGCAGGCUUCUCAAGUGCAUCAGCCUUCGCCAAUUCAGCAGCUCCAGCAAAUUAAGAAUGGUAUGCAGGCUAUGCUGCAGGCUUCUCGGGCUUUUCAGGCUCGUCAGGCUCUUCAAGCUCCUCAAGCUUCUCAGGCUCAGCAGCCACGACAAGCUCCUGUUCUCCAGGCGCCCCCACAGGCUGAACAGCAUGUACAGCUCCAACAGGUUCCGCAGGAUACAAUGCUGCUUAUGGUGAAGGACGAUGAAGACGCCGCAGCAGAGGACGAGGGGCAGGAUGGACAAGACGGGCAGGAUGGACAAGACGGGCAGGAUGGACAAGACGAGCAGGAUGGACGAGACGGGCAAGACAGGCAGGACGGGCAGGAGGCUGAUGCUCCGCAUGAGCCAGAUGAUGAAAAUGUACCGUCGCCGCCGCCACCAGGUGAAGACUCGAAAGAGGAAGCCCGGUCGUUGAUCUGGAUCGACCAGAUAAUCAGGGAAGACGGGACUGUCUUCCCCGAGUCGGAAGUAGACUCGAUGUUCCAGCGCCCCGGACACCCCGACUACAUGGUGAGCUGGAUGAAAGUCGGUUCGGCAACCGUUUGCCCGGUUGUGUACUGGGUCCAGCAUCCAUACCCCGACUGGGACGCGGCGCCGGUCGAGGCGCUGGACCUGGAAUUCCGUCGGGUGCGGGCCUUGUAUCCCCCCAACGUGACUCUUCACGGCAUGAUUUUCCGGGGCCGCUGGGCCCGUCUGUACCGCGAGUUGAGGCCCUGGGCAGUCGGUGUCGACGCCCCAAUCCGCAACACCCUGGUGGUCCAAGAGAGCAUGGACCUCAAUAUGAAGGAGGAGGCCGGGGUGCGGCACUUUGCUGCCUGGAGGUAUUCCCUCCCCGAAAACACCCGCCACACAUUUAUCCUUGCGAUGCCAGAGAUGUAG